UUAUGAACUCAUGAAUCAUGAUUUUGAAGGGUGACACAAAAAACUCCCACUCCCACCCACCCAAAAUCAAAGACUAGAACUUGGACCUUUGAAAUGUUCCCCAAGCGUUUUCAGGACCCCAAAACAGGUUUCAAGAUGCUGAGUUCAAUGCAUGCCAAGAAAUACCUGAAGAAAAUUGGGUUUGAAAGUGAAGAUUACUUCUUUUGGAAACAAGUUGGGAAAGCCCUACUUUGCACCUACACCAUAAUGGGUGGUUUUUGGCUUUACAAUGGUGGAGCUUCAAAGUUGAAGCCUCAGCUGAAGGUAGACCAGGAGCGAGCCGAUAACCAGCACCGGCCGGAGGAAGAGCAGGAGCUAGACCAUAAACAGCACCAACAGUUCCCAUUGGCCAGCAAUUUAGAAGAAAUGAAGGAGUUUGUUUCGGAUAUUGGAACAAAGAUUGGUUUAAAAGGGAUGGUUGAGAAUGAUAAGGAGCUAGAAGGCAAGAAGUUUGAGCAGGAAGCACAGAAGUUGUGGAUGAAGAUGAGGAAUGAGGUUGUUUCUGAGCUUCAAGAGAAGGGAAUUGAUGUGGAAUGAAUGCAAUUCAAUGCACUGCAAGUGGCCAAAUGCCAUUUCAGUUGUGAACUUGAUUGUGACUAGAGUAGAACACAACAUGUUAGGGAACAUAAUGCAUGGUAAGUAGUGAAGUAAUACUUUUCUGUGUAUAAAUAAAUGUUUGUGUUAACAUUGAAUCGUUAUCAAAAUUGGACCGGAUCGGCCAUUUGGUCCGAACGGCAGUGUACUAGCUGCUUGUUUUA